AGCACAGUUUCAUCGGACAAAGUCGGGCAGCUUCUUGCAGGAAAACGCAGGCAGGAGAUGAAAUGCGAUCCAACAAUCAGUCCCCAGCUGUUAUUGCGGGGUUUAAGCGCGCUGGCAGGGUGAUUACUGUCAGUACGCGCGCCUUUUCUCGGGCACAAUAAACACGAUGUGUCAAAGGAUGAAACUGCCUCCCCUCCCACUCUGGUUGUAGACAUGCUGGAUAAAACCAGUGACAAAGGCCAACAGACUGGGCGUUGCUCAGAUUGUGGAUGCACUUUCACCCUGCCACAGCCUGACUCUGCCCCUGAUUCUGCCAACACUUCAGCCUCUCCUAAACAGCAGCGUGUGCACAAAGCGGACAGCCCUUCCAAGUGUCCAUCCUGCCAGGCAGGCAGCAGCCUCCCCAAUGGCCGACGUCCACACCGGCGCAUCCGUCUGGACCCUCACAGCUGCAGUCUGUGCACCAAAACCUUCAUCUCCUCCGCCCACCUGACCCUUCACCUGGCCUCUCACAACAAGGAGAGGAAGUUCAGAUGUAGCACCUGCGGCAAGUACUUCCAUCAGUCGUCCCACCUGAUGGCACACAAGAUAAUCCACAGCGGGGACAGGCCAUUUAAAUGCCCAGAGUGUGGCAAGACCUUCGGCCGCGCCUCGCACCUGAAGACCCACCGUAGGCUCCACACAGGCGAGAAGCCCUUCAAGUGCACCUACUGCGACAAGUCCUUCACCCAGAAGGCCGGUCUCCUGGCACACGUUCGCCUACACACAGGGGAGCGUCCAUACAAGUGUGAGCACUGCGGAGAGGGUUUUCGCUCUUUGUCCCUCCUGCUCUCUCACAAAGCUCAAGAGUCUGGGCAGGCCAAACCAGCGCCGGCACCAGCACCAGCACCCAACCAGCCCCAGACGACACAAAGUAGCUCAGAGGAUCUCAAGUGUGGCGUCUGCUGCCGCACCUUUGUGCGAUCGUCAUACAUCAGGCUGCACAUACGCCUCAACAAAGGACAGCGGCCGUAUCACUGCAAAGUGUGCAACAAGACCUUUGUCAAGCUGGAUACGUUUGUGAACCACUGCGAUAAACACUUGAGGCAGAAAAAGGAUAAAAGCAAGGAGGUUGAAGACAAAGUGGUUAAGCCUCCCUUGUUUGUCCCACUCUCCAGGCCUCCUUCUCCUGAGUCCACUCAGACUUUAUCCUCAGAGGUCAACACGCGCUCCAGAGCAAAAGCAAAGACUAAAACAGAGCCAUGACCAAAAGAGCGUCCACUCACAAAAAAAUGGUCUUUAAUUAAGAGAUCGUAGUUGUUCUGCCACAGCACAUAAUAACUAAGGCAGGACAGUAGUAGUAGCAAAAUAAAUGCUACCAACAGAAUAAAUCAAAAGUUACAUGUUUACAAAAAAUCAGAAAAAGGGACAAAAAGCAAAUUUGUAGAUGAAUGACUCCAUUAUGUCGUUUAUAUCAACAUGAGUUUACUAAUUGUACAGUUAUUUAAUUUUAUUGUGAACAAUCAUCUUUGUAAGUUCUACAAUGUUGUUUUUGAGGCAUAUUUUAGCUAACAAGUCUAAUUAAUAUUUGUAGCUAACAUUUCAGUGGCGUACAUUAUUCACUUUAAUCUUUGAAUAUAGAAAAAAAGUACAAUAUCUCUAACCAUUAUCAUUCAUAGUUAAUCUGUUUUAUUAAAUCAUACAAACCUACUGGCGUGUAGCCCUUGUACCAAGUACAAACAAUGUAAAUGGAAUGCCUAUUGUAAAACAAUACGCACACAGAGUCAAAAUAAACAUAAAAGCAUAGUGUCAAACAUUUCUUUGUUUAUAAA